GGCAACCUCCCGGGACAGCCUCUCUGGAAACCCGAGUACCUGGUGAGGGAGCUGGCUGCCGCGCGGCGGCGUUUGCUUUAUGGACCAUGUUCUGCUAUGUAUGCCUGAAGUACUUGAAAUGCAAAUUUGGGAAGGCUCUGCCAUCUAAAUGCUUGGCUGGAUUAAGCGCCUGAUGAGGAUGGUUUUUCAGCAGGUUGGAGUAAGCAUGCAGUCGGUACUUUGGUCAGGAAAGCCAUAUGGUUCAUCUCGAAGUAUUGUAAGGAAAAUUGGUACUAAAUUAUCUGUGAUCCAGUGCCCAAGAGUUCAGUUCCAGCUCACUAGCCAUACGACAGAGUGGAAUUCUAGUCAUCCAAGAGAGGAUGCAGUGGUGUCUUUUGCUGAUGUUGCUUGGGUAGCCACAGAAGGAGGAGAGUACUCAACACGACUCAGGACAGAGGUCAGGUCCAAUCCAUUCCUUCAGGAUGACCCUUUCUUUGAGAAGCCCCCAAGCAGGCAUAUUUCCUUACCGAACUUAUCCCAAGAAGAGCCUCCACCGAAGACUGCAACCCUGGCGAAUGAGGAAGCACUGCAGAAGAUCUGUGCGCUUGAAAAUGAACUUGCUGCUCUCAGAGCUCAGAUUGCCAAAAUUGUGACUCUGCAAGAGCAACAAAAUCUCACUACAGGUGCCUUAGAUUCUGCCACUUCUACUGCAACAGCACCACCUCCUCCACCCCCACCUCCACCACCACCCCUUCCAGUAGGGCUUCAUAAGAUAUCACUGUUUCAUAUAAAGUCAGAGCAAGAUGUAAAGCCCAAGCCAGUGGAUGCUACUGACCCUGCUGCUCUCAUAGCAGAGGCGCUGAAGAAGAAGUUUGCUUAUCGGUAUCAAAGCAAUAGCCAAGCUGAAGUAGAAAUAGGAGUUUCAAAGUCUGAAUCAGAGACCACCUCAGAGACAGCAUUGUUUGGGCCACAUAUGUUGAAGUCUACAGGAAAAAUGAAGGCUCUGAUUGAAAAUGUUUGAAACUUCUGAUGGACAGUGAGCUGAGAAAGACUAUCGUGGAUCAACUGUUGUUUUAUAAAGGCUGAGUUUGGCUAGUAGAAAUCAGCACUAUUUAGUAAAUACCUGGCUUUAGUAUUAUUCAUUGGUUUCUUUUUUAAAACUAAUUAGGGGAUUAAGCAAUAAUAAGAGCAUUAUAAGUUGGGUUCUGACAAUGUUUUUGAUAUAUAACUAGAGUGUUCAGAUUUUCAGUCUUGAAAACAUUUAUAAGACUUCAGAACAUAGAAAAGACAUUUGUGAUGUUACACAUUUUAAAAUUUUUAACACUAAUUUAUCUGUAUAAAAGUUUUAUAUUUAUAUAUCUGGAUAUAAAACAGUUCAUGCAGAAAUUAAUGAUGGCAGUGAGGGUAGUAUUAUCUUCAUUUUCAAGAAUUGUUUACUAUUCAGUACUAGAACAGCUGGUGUAACCUAAGUUAUUAAGUAAAAUAGUGGAAAUUACAAUCUUUUUGCCUUGAGUAGAACUUACAUCUUAGAUUUUGCCCAUGUUCAGAGGCAGGCUUUGCAUAGGAACUGGAUGAUGUUUGCUGCAGAGAUUCCUUAAUGCUUUCUAUUAGAGUGAAGUUCAGGACUAGAAAGGCUUGCUUGUAUCUCAUUGCCAUCCAGUGUUGGGGAGACAAUAUAGUUCCAAGUAGUAACAAAUUAUUGAAUUAAAUUACUUUUUGGUAAAAACCAGAAUAAAUUAUCUUGUUUGUUUUCUAUUUAAUAAAUGGCAUCAUAAGGUUGA